AUGCUAGAUUUGGCUUGCAGCGCGCGAGGUAGUGGUAGUGUCUUUGUUGCCUUGCUGAGUGCCGAGAACAACAUGACGGCAAACGGGGACUACCAGAAAAUGGACGAUGCGCCCGUAGGGCCACUCCCACCACCAUUUGCGCUGUCGAAGCUGAAUGACGACAAAGAAGGACUGUUGAAGGGUCUGACGGAUUCCGAAGUGGCAGAGCUUGUCAAGAAGUACGGCUUAAACGAGGUGCCCGAGCAUAAGGAGCCUCUGUGGAAGAUGUUUUUGAAGCAGUUCACGGGACCCAUGCAAAUCAUGAUUGAGUGUGCCGCCUUGCUGUGCUUCUUGAUUCACAACUGGCCGGACUUUACCAUCAUCAUGAUUCUGUUGUUGACCAACGGAACACUCGGCUUCUUUGAAGAGAUGAACGCUCAAGCGUCGGUCGAUGCAUUGAAGGCUGGUCUGGAGAAAAAGAUGCCGGUGAAGCGAAACGGCAAAUUCGACAGUAUCCCGGUUCUUCAAGUAGUUCCCGGGGAUGUUCUCUUCAUGCGUGGUGGCGACAUUGUGCCAGCUGACUGCUACUGGAUGGAAGGUGACCCCUGCCAAGUUGACGAAGCAGCUUUGACCGGGGAGUCGCUGCCGGUGAAGGUCCCUCGCAAGGAUGAUGAUGGAAAGCCUUUCUCUGGUCGACAGAUGUGGUCCGGAUCCAUCUUGAAAGUCGGCGAAUGCCAGGCAGUGGUGAGUCAUACUGGUGUCAACACGAUGAUUGGUGAAGCCGCAAAAGCCAUUCAGGAAGCCGGUGGAAAAGACAUUGGCGUGUUCGAAGGGAAGAUCAUUGAAGCAGCUCAGGUGCUCAUUCUCAUCACCGUGCUUGUUGUGACGUUUCUCUUCAACUUCAUGUUCUUCAUACAAUCCGUUCCCAUCACGGAGGUGCUUGAAAUGUCACUUUCCUUGGUGAUUGCAUCGGUGCCGGUUGCCCUGCCCAUGGUCAUGAAGGUCACUUUGUCCAUCGGCGCAAAGGAGCUUGCAGAUGAGGGUGGGAUCGUGACACACCUCACUGCACUUGAGGAGAUUGCAUCAAUGAAGGUCCUUUGCUCGGACAAGACUGGAACGCUCACUACUGCUCAGAUGACUGUGUACUAUGACGACACGGCCAAGCCAUACAGCGGGUACACACGCGAGCAGGUGUUGGAGUUUGCGUCCCUAGCUUCGAACGAUGCCAACAAAGAUGAUCCCAUCGAUUCAGCCGUGCUCCGUGCCUACGCGAAGAUGAAAGGUGCCUCAAGCGUGGAUGCAGCAGUCGAGAAGCGCCAGAAGGACUUCACCCUGGACAAGGAUGGUUUCAUGGGCUUCAAUCCUAUCGUGAAGCGAACGUGUGCUGCUGUCACCGCCUCGGAUGGCACAAAGUGGUUUUGCGCCAAGGGCAUGGUCGAUGUCAUCCUGAAGACGAAUGCAGACGACGAGGGAAAGCAGUGGACUGUUGAGAACUACGACGCCAUGUCCAAGGAGGCUCACAAGGCGGACGCUGACCUUGGUAUUUCCGGGUUCAAAACCUUGGGUGUGGCAGUGUCCAAGAACGGUGGCCCAAUGCAGUUUGCUGGCAUCUUGCCCAUCAUGGAUCCUCCCAGGCAUGAUACGAAAGAGACAAUCCGCAAGAUCAAGGAGUCUCAAGUUGCCGUGAAAAUGAUCACGGGAGACCAUCACAACAUCGGCAAGGAGCUUGCCAGGCAGAUUGACCUCGGAACUGACAUCAGAACCCCAGACUGCCUGCAGCCGCCGGGCGAUGCCCGUGAUUUGAUUGUUCUCCAGGCGGAUGGUUUUGCCAAGGUCAAGCCUCUGGAUAAGCACGAGGUUGUGUCAGUGCUCCAGGACAAGGGCCUGGUGGUUGGUAUGACUGGGGAUGGUGUCAAUGAUGCUCCGGCAUUGGCCAAGGCGCAGAUUGGUAUUGCAGUGCAUGGAGCCACCGAUGCUGCGAAAUCUGCCGGCGAUAUCGUGCUGACACGAGAUGGCCUUUCACCCAUCUACACAGCCAUCCAGAUCUCGCGGCGCAUCUUCAAGAGGUUGAAGUCUUACGUGAUCUACCGCAUCUGCAUCACCGUGCAGGUCGUGUUCUUCCUGGCCGCCCUUGCCAUCUUCUACAACCUCCGCUUCAAGGCUCUCUACAUCAUCCUCCUGGCGCUGUUCCACGAUUUGCAGAUUGUCACCAUUGCGUAUGACCACCAGAUCGCAGGCUUGAAGCCCGAGACUCCCACUGUGUUGGGUUUGCUUCUGCAGAGCUAUUCCAUGGGCAUGCUGAUGUUUGCUCAAACAAUGCUACUCGUCUCCUGUGGCCAUUACUUCCUCUCGGACAAGUAUGCCGAUGGCUACUUCGCAAGUGUCGGUGCUACUUCGGCGGGUACAGAAAUGGACAAGUACAUGGAGACGACCAUCUUCCUUCAGAUCUCCAACUCAUCAGCCAUUCUCAUCUUCUCGGCACGCACAGUCAGCUUCUUCUUCACAAGUAUGCCGGCGUGGCAGUUGACCUUUUCGACAGCACUGGGGCAGAUUCUGAUCAACAUCUGGUGCCUGUGGGCACCCUCUGGUCUGGUUGACAAGCUUGAGCCCAUGGAUGUGGCACUCGUGUGGCUCUAUGACAUCGCUUGGCUUCUUUUCCUGGAUGUGGUGAAGAUGUUCGCUGGCCGGAUCUGGGACAAGUACAAGCCCGCGUCCAUCGAUCGGAACCCUGCCUUGGCGGCCCGUGACCGUAACAGUCGCCGCUUGUCAAACAACCUGCGGCCCUCAUACAUGCUGGCACAGGUGGGAGGUCAGGAGGUCGACAACAAGCUGAGUCAGCUCCCACCAGGACAGAGGAACUCUGUUCGCUUGUCAAGGAACUCAAGGCAAUUCAAGAAAUGA